AUGAUAUCUUUUCUUUUCAUUUUCUUUUUUUUAAAUUUCCUUCUCUUUCCUUCAUUUUUUUUUCAGUUUCGUUUUUCUUUCUUACUUUUAUUUUCAUUUUUCAUUCCUUGCAUUUCCUCACAAUUUUCUUUUUCUUUUUAUUUCUUUCGUUUAGUUUCUUUCCUUCUUUCUUUUUCGAUUUCAUUUUCUUUUCUUAAAAUUCCCUUCUGUCUCUCCAUUGUCAUUAAGAUUUCCGUUGUUUUUCUUUUGACAGCUCUUUCUUUUUUUUUCUUCCUUUUUUCUUUCAUUUCAAUUUUCAUUUUCACUCAUUUUUCUUUUAACGGUUUGUUUCUUUUUUUCUUCUUUCCUUCUUCAUUUGUCCACCGUCUUUUCGUUACUUUCUUUUUUAAUGUUUCCCUUCUUUCUUUCUUUCUUUCUUUCUUUCUUUCUUUCUUUCUUUCUUUCUUUCUUUCUUUCUUUCAGUUUCUUUUUCUAUUUUUCAUUCUAUUGAAAUGUCCUUCCUUUUUUUCCCUCGUAUCUUUUCACUUCCCUUCUUUCUUUUUUCGAUUUGCUUUUCUUUUUUCUUCAUUUUUUUCUUUUGUCUUCUACAUUGUCUUAAAGUUAUUCCAUUCUUUUCCUUUACUUUCUUUUUUCUUUCAUCUUUUUCGUUUCAGCUUGCUUUUUCUUUCUUUUUGUUUCUUUCUUUUUCCUUUCAGUUUCUUUUUUCUUUCUUUCUUUUUACUUUCUUUAUUUUUCCUUUCAGUUUAUUUCUUCUUUUCUUUUUCUUUUUCGUUUCAGCUUCUUUUUUCUUUCUUGUUUCUUUCUUUCUUUUUCCAUUCAGCUUCUUUUUCUUUCUUUUUCGUUCUUUCUUUUUUGUUUCAACUUCGUUUCUUUCUUUUUUCUUUUUGUCUGCUGGUUCCGUUCGUAUCAUGUUUCUCUCUGUCCCACAUCAUCGCCGUUUUCAUGUCAAUCCAUGCAAUUUUCAUCUUCCUAUCAUCUCGCCUGUCAAGGAAGAACUGCACCUCACGUUUAAGAACUUAUACCACAAUUACAGGCCAGGUGAUAUCUGUUACACUUAACUUUGCACUUCACAUCCUUACAGGAGACAGGGGGUCAGUAACAGCUACAGAUAUCAACCAACUCCUUCAUUGCUUCCUGAAAUAUGGCUUCUCUGCCCACGUUCUAGUUCUUAUUAACUUCAAUUCCUCUACUGUACAAUUUUCUCAACCAUUCCUCAAUAUUUCUUUCGCUAAGAAGAAGAAUACUCUGUCUAUCUCCAAUUGCUUUUCCCCAUAUUUCUGA